AGCGCAAUCGUGUCUUCAUGAACAUUCAUCGACGUGGCUUUCUUCCUUUGAGACUCCCACUCAGAUAUAUCCCACUUGAAGGCAUCAGGAUGUGUCUCUGGGUGCUUCUGAUUGAUGUAUGACCUCAGAGCUUGCCUAAUCGGAGGCUGGAACGUUUGACGGAGAGGAACGUUCAACAAGUUAUGCGACAUAACUCCUUAGACCAAUCCCCUGCACUCUAGAGAAAAUAUAACCCAAGGACUGAUACUAAACGAGUGCUAAGCACCAACUGGGACCACGCCACAGCCUCGUUGGAAGUGGACGUCGAUCGAAUUGAAUAAUCGGUCGGUCCCGAAAACAUCCCAACUCAUUCUUCUGUUGCUUGCCUGAGUCUGUCUGUUUCAUCGUGCAGCGCCCAUGGCAGAAGUGAAAAAGGACGAAGAUGGAUUCAUCAUAUCAACCAAAGAGAGCUCAACUGCUAGUACAGUGGGCAAAGUCGAUGCAGGUCAAUCGGAAUCCAAAGCAGGCGAUCCAGCCAGCACAGAAGCAGAUGCUGCCCAAGCCGCAAGUGCAACGGACUUACUGAAGUCCUCAUACGAAGUCACUGUCACACUUGCUGAUCAGCAAGCCAAUCCGGAUUCACCUCUGUAUAGUGCAAAGUCUUUCGAGGAGUUAGGCCUACACGAGGAUUUGCUAAAGGGAAUAUACGCUAUGAAAUUCCAAAAGCCAUCCAAGAUCCAGGAACGCGCACUUCCUUUACUACUUCAGAAUCCUCCACGAAACAUGAUUGGGCAGUCACAAUCAGGAACUGGUAAAACAGCAGCGUUCGUAUUGGCAAUGCUCAGUCGGAUAGAUUACAGCAAGGAGGCAACACAAGCCAUAUGCAUUGCACCCUCUCGAGAACUCGCAAGGCAAAUCAUGCAAGUCAUCACCACCAUGGCCGCGUUCACAAAAGUCACAACUGGUUAUGCCAUUCAAGGUUCCGUUCCAAGAGGGGCCGUAUUAAAUCAACAUAUCAUCGUUGCCACCCCUGGGACGUUAUCGGAUGCCAUUCGGAAGAAACAGUUGGAUACAAGUCAGGUCGGGAUCUUCGUUGUCGACGAAGCUGACAACAUGUUGGAUCAGCAAGGGUUAGGAGACCAAACCCUCCGAGUGAAAAACCAAGUUCCCCGCGACUGCCAAAUCCUCCUCUUCUCCGCCACGUUCCCCGAUCACGUCCGCAAAUUCGCAAACAAGUUUGCACCUGCCGCAAACGAAAUACGAUUGAAGCAAGAAGAGCUCUCCGUGGAGGGCAUCAAGCAAUUCUACAUGGAUUGCAAGAAUGAAGCACACAAGUACGAUGUACUAGUGGAGUUAUACUCCCUGUUAACUAUCGGUCAAAGUAUGAUUUUCUGCAAAAAACGAGAAACGGCGGAUAUCAUUGCUCAACGAAUGAUCGACCAAGGCCAUCAAGUGACCCUCCUGCAUGGCGCCAAAGAACCCGCCGAACGCGAUCGAGUCAUUGAUGAUUUCAGAGAUGGAAAGAGUAAAGUCCUCAUCACCACAAACGUGGUCGCUAGAGGAAUCGAUAUCCUUCAAGUGAACAUGGUGGUCAAUUACGAUAUGCCCUUAACGGUCGAUAACAAACCCGACCCUGAGACGUAUCUUCAUCGUAUUGGCCGAACUGGUCGAUUCGGACGAAGAGGAAUCUCGAUCAACUUUGUUCACGACAGACAAUCUUGGUCAGAAAUGCAACAAAUUGAACAAGCACUCGGGCGAUCGAUCAUUCGUGUGAAGACGGACGAUUUCGAUGAGAUGGAAAAGGUGAAUUAUCGAUUAUGA